UUUCUUAUUUCAUUGCGUUCCAACGUUUUCAAUUGUUUUGUCUAAAUGUUUUUCAUCGAGCAAAAUAUUUAAUAGUCUAAAAGUCAAAAUUUUUUCACCUAACCCAUUUUAAUUACACGAAAAACCAAUAUUACGAGUAAUGAACACGUAUUGGAUUUGUUCCGAAUUUAUUCGCUAGGAUCAUUGUCAUCACUUUCACUUUUACACGAUUUGCUAUAAUAGUGUUUUUAGUGUACAUACGCUGCACUGGGGCGCAGUCGCCAUGGAUGACACCAUGUCGACCCUAACGAAAAUGACCCGCACGGUUAAAAAACUGGAGGUGCCAAGACCCCUGAAAUCCACCACCAGUUCCGCGCACAACCGCAACUCCGUGUUGGACGUCAAAAUAAAUUCUGUUGAUGACCUGAUUGUCUUGACCGAAGCGGUGGCGUACCAAAUGAUGCAGGGAAACUAUGAUCGUGCACUUCAGAGCAAUGUGGCCACUAUGUACUCUAACUUGAAGCUUUACGGCGCUCAGCUCGAAGCACUUUAUAAGGACUUUCUCGAUAGAUACUUUGUUGUGUUCCGUAAUGGUUCACAAGACGAGCGACUGGAUAAGAAAACUCGACUUCAUCUUCUUGAGCUGAUAGAGCUGCGCGCCAAACUCUGGCAGGGCUCUGACUACAUGAGUCAAUACUAUAGGCACCGCGGCACCCACGCUGAGCCUCUUCUGGUGCCGACGAUGGAGGGGUCGGGCACGGGUGGCUCGGUGUCCCCUACGCUGGCUGCGCCCACCGAGCCGCCCGCCCUGCUCGGCCCCGGAGAGGUCAUCAAGCCCUCCGGCAAGUUCCCCAAGCCCACUAAAAUACCCGGCAAGAACUACUCUAAAGACGAAGUUGUCAUACGGAACGCUGAUUCUGGAAAAGUGAUGGGUAUCAAGGGCAGGCGGGUGCACAUGAUCGAGGAGCUAAGUGACACGAUUAUAUCGUUUCAGCGAGUGAGCCCUGGGGCGAAGGAGCGUUUGGUUCAAAUUACUGGACCCAAUGAAGAGAAUGUGAACCACGCGAAGCACCUGAUUGGGGAUACGAUCCGGCGCAACGCAUCUCCCGUGCGUUUGGACGCGGGCACGGGAGGCGAGCAGGCGCUGGGCGCCUCGCGCGCUUCUCUCGACUCCACUGGCUCGGACGAGCCGCCGCGCAACCGAGAGAAGUCUCCCCAUAAUUCCCGGGCUCUGCUCCACAGCUUCUCUACGAACGAUGCCGCUCUAGGAGAAUAUAAGUACACUGUGACUUUUGGGCAACAUUCCAUUAAGAUCACGGGCAAUAACUUGGAUCUUGUGAAGACUGCAAAGCUAGUGUUAGACGAGUACUUCGAGAGCGCGGGCGCUUUGGAGGCCCUGGGCGCGGGCUCGGGCGACUUCUUCACGCUGUCGCAGCGGCCCGGCGCCGCGCUGCUGCUGCGCGACGACGACCUCAACGGCGCCGACGACGACGUCUUCGCGCCGCACCACGACCAGCCCGCGGCCGGCGACGGGGACGCCGCGCCGCGUCGUCCGCGCUUCUCGCGCGCUACCAGCACCGAUAAGAAUCAAGGUGGCGCGCCGGGCGCGCGGCAGACGUACACGUACGAGACGCUGGUGCAGUACGCCGACUCGCCGCUCAGCAAGCUGCCGCCCGCCGGGCUCGCCGCCUUCCCGCCGGAGCUGGCGCGCAAGAGUUGCCUGGAGUUCGACAGCGCCAGCUACCUGAAGAAGGUGCGUGCGGCGGCCGCCACGCCCGUGGCCGCGGUGGACGCGCCCGACUCGCCCGAGCCUGAGUAAGGCCCGCGCCCGCGCCCGCGCCGCUCGACACGCCCGAAGCUAUUAGGGUUUAGGAGCACUCACUCAUACAUCGUAGACGCACUCACGAGCGACGUGUCGACGCGCACUCUCACGCAGCUUCGGCAGCCACGUCGACGUCAGACCCCGAGGCUCGACGCGGUCCGGCGUCCGUCCCCCUCCCGUCCGACGUGCGGCGUGCACGUAUCUUCACUCAUUACUAAUUUAGUUGAUUUAUUUACAAGUAUUAGCACACCAAAAUAUUUAUUUUUGUAGUGGUGGUAUAGUUAACUCGUCUUCGUUUAUUUUGUUUUUCGUUUACAUUGGGGUCUUUUGCGAUAUUAUUGUGAUACGGAACCGCGUUGGUUACCGAUUGUUAGUCCCCGGCGUAGGUUGAUCUCCAAGUCUUUUUGCUACGCUCGACGCGAGCGGUGACUGCCGCGAGCCGAGAGUAUCCACGGAGAUAGGUAUCUCCGAUACACACAUAACUGAAAAUGACAUUUGGCACAAACAAGUUUAUUAAACUUUCCUCUUUAAAAUCCAAUAAGUAUCAUCUAAUUUUGUUGUAUAUAUUUUGACUCUGCUAGCAUCGGAUGUCAUGAGUGAUUCCAUUUAUUUUAAGAAGAAUGCAUGCAUUUCUUUGUGUGUUUGUUUACUCAUUUUCAGACUUUGUAUCUAGUGUCUAGUCCUGACGAGUAGAUGUGUCGAUUCUCACUAAGUAAGUGUUUUUGUAUAUUUCAAAGAGAGCCUGUCAAUCAAAAAUAUAAAUUUAUUUAUAUUACUUUGUUAAUUUUCCCCUACUGUAGUAGGAAGGAUAAAUUAUAUAGGCUUAUUUACAUUGUUUACCCAGAGGGAUGACUAUAAAUUGUUAUUCAUUGUUAUGUACUAAAGCUUAUAAUUGCUGUGCACUAAACCAAAUAAUUUGUUAAAAUUAUAGUACCUAUUAUACUAACGUGUAGAAUAUUAUUUAUGUGGCGGAAGAUAUGAUUGCCAGGCUUUCUUAUUAUAAUCUAGUAGCCUGUAUAAGAACUUCAAUUAAAUUUUCUACAAAACAAAUGGGUAUAUUUUAAAGAUACAUAUUUUAUUUACAUACAACUCGCUCUUUUUACCACCUGAAUUUCUCGGCAAAGCCGAACAGAACCUCAAUACAAAGCGAGUUGAUUAUCAAAACUUCCAUUUAUGCAAUAAUAUUAUUCUUUCUCUAUAUUAUCUUGGUGCUUAUUACUUUGGAAAAGUAUUAUCGUUGAUUAUAAUGAAAGAUUUAUGUUUACAUUUUCUUUUUUUAUCAUUAAGACACGGCUAUAUUGUGAAAAUUGAUGAUAUACUAAAUUUUCUACUAAA